AUGACGACGUCGAAGCGCGUGGUGGAACGCAAGAGCGCGCGGUUUCAGGGCAACAUCGCGCGGCGAGGGAGCGUGCCGGAGACGGUGGCGAAGAAGGGCGACAAGUACCCUGUCAGCACCAUCGUCAUCAUCUUCUUCAUCUUCGUUGUUGUCGGCUCCGUCGGCGCUGGCACCAUCGCUAUGUCGCUGUUCAAAAGAGGCAGGAAGAAAUCUGGCGAGUCGUCCAACGCUGCGAAUCCCGCGCUCUCACCCGACACUGACGACAAGCCGUCACCGGAUUUGCCGGCGCCGUCAGCUGUUGCGGAAACAGACGGCGGCCGGUACGACGCGUCCAGUGACGGCAUGAGUGACACGGCCGGCAGCGAGGGGUCGGCGCUGCGGAGGAGGCGGGGGAAAGGGGAAGGCGGGAGUGAGGCGGGGGGGACAGCAGCGGAAGCGGACUCCCCGCGGGAGAGUCGCGGAACUGCGGAAGGCGGAGCGAUGAAUAGCGCGGCGAGCGGGGUGACUGACGACACUGGAUCUGGGGAGGAUUCGCGGCCGGCGGCCGAGGUGACCGCGGGAGAAGAUGAUGCAGGCGAUGAGGGGGGCGGUGCAAGCGAAUGCGGGGACGCGGAAUUGGUGGAAAGUGCGGCGGAGGGAGCGGGGGACGAGCGGAGUGGCGGAGAACUGGCUGGGGAACGGCGAGACCAAGCAGCGAAAGAGGAAGUUGUAGCAGCAGCAGAAGCAGCAGAAGCAGCAGUGGAGGCGAAUACAGGUGCAGCGAGUGCUUGCAGGGCGUCCGAUGAGCCGGGAGUGCAGGGCACGCCUGACGCGCAACGCAAGGAGACUGCUGCUGAAUCCCCACCCAAGGCGGUUCAUUCCCCCACAGCGCCGCAGACGAAGCCACGUCAGCAGCCGCUGGGGGUGUUCGUCUUCUGGCUCAUUUUCAUCACCCUCACGGGGCUUAUAGCGGGGAUCUUUCUCCUGGCGCAAUUUCUGUUCCUGCAGGACGCGGGGCGGCGCGACUUCAUCUCCAUCCCGCCGCUCGUGCGCGCUCACCUGGACCGUGGGCAGACCAUCAAGGUGGUGGUGCUGCUGCAUGGGCUGGGCGGCAGCUCGUUCCUGUACCGUGACGUCAUCACUCUCCUCGCUGACAGGGGGCUCAGAGCACUCGCGCUUGACCUCCCAGGGUCAGGGCUAUCCACCAAAUUAACCUCAGAAGAAGAGGGCGCAGCAGCAAUUUACCCUGCACACCAACUCGCGCGGAUCCUAGACAGGGUGCUAGAGGCCCUUGGGAUUGCCGAGCCAGUGCACCUGGUGCUGCAUGAUACAGGCGGCGUGGUCGGCACGUUGUGGGCGGCGGACAACGUGCAUAGAGUGAGAAGCAUAACGCUCAUCGACACUCCAAUGGAGGACCCCUUUGCUCCCGCCUUCCCCCCCGCCUGGCUCCUCCGCUACCCCCACCUCACUGCCCUCGCUGCCCGCUCUGUCUUCCCCGUUGCUGCCCUCCUUGCCUCCUGCUGCGUCAGCGCUCACGUGGCCGAUGACGUGGCGCGGGCCCACGCGUACCUGCUGCAGGCGCAUGGGGGCAUCCACGCUGCCAUGCUGGCGCGCCAGCAUUGCAAUCUGACGCAUGACAUGGCGCGGACGGUGCAGCGGCAUGCAGAGAGGGCGCUGGGUCGGGUGCCGAGGCAGCUGCUUUGGUCCGGGGAGGCGGAGGAGCAGGGCGAGGAGGUUCGGUCGCACUGGCCUCUGGAAGACUUUCACCUGCAUGAGGGCAAGCGCUGGCCCCAGGAGGACCAUCCAGGGGACAUAGCCGAGGCGAUUGCUAGGUUCUCUGCGGCGAUGGCGGCGCAUGCAGUGCGCUUGCCGAAGACAGGCAUGUCGAUGCCGGUUCGUGUAACGGCGUCCCCGGCUCGCCAAAUCUCAAAUAUAUCCUUCAAGAGGGUUCCAAAACGUCGAGGCCCCAUGAACACUCGUGGCGCGACCGAGCAAGAGAAGAAAGCGCUGAUCGUUUCCCCCAAGUCCGCGCCCCCCGCAUUGACCGACAAGUGGCGCGCGGCAUUCUCGAAGGCAACGCAGCGGUUGGUGGAGGUAGACGCGCAGGGGCAGCGGCAGGUGGUGCAGGCGGAGACGCAGAAGCAGCUGGCGGAAGACCGCGCGCGCGGGCGCUGGCAGGUCAUGUGGGAGCGGACGCGCGAGUGGUUGGCGAAGGAGCGCGCGCGCGGGCAGGUGAAAGUGGCGCGGGCGCACGAGAAGGAAAAGGUGGCGGCGGAGAGAGCGGAGGGGCGGUGGGCGUUUGUGAAGGCGAAGGGGGAGCAGCGGAUCACCGCAGCGAGGGUGCGCGGAAUGUACGACGUGGCGCGCGCAAGGGCGAACGAGCGGCUUACUCAAGUGAGGGCGCAGGGACAGUGGCAGGUGGCAUGGGCCAACGCGCGCAAGAGGCUUGCGCAGGCGGAAGGCACGCUCAAGGCGCGAAACGGUGUAGCGCAGGCGGAGAUGAACGAGCGCUUGGCGCAGGAGAAGGCGCGAGAGCGGUUGCAGGUGGCGAGCGCGCGUGAACGGGCGCGGAUGGCGGAGGAGCAGGCCAAGGGGCGCGUGAUGCUGGCGAGCGCGCGGACGAACCGGCAGCUGGCGAAGGAGAGAUUGCGCGGGAGGGUGAAGGUGGCGUGGGCCCAGGCGAAGGAGCGCAUUGAGAAGGAGCGCGCCAAGGGGCGGUGGGCCGUGAUGUGGGCCAAGGCGAACGAGGCACUGGCGCGGGAAAGAACGCGCGGCAGGUGGGACGUGCUCGUGACGUCCACGCGGCAGCGGCUGGCGGAGGUGCGGGAGAAGGGGCGGCUUGAUGUGGCGUGGAGUGCUGCGCAAGGGUCGGCGGUGGAGCAGCAGCAGGUUGGCGGGGUGGUGCAGGACGGAGUGCCGCGCACGACCAGCAACGGCACAGCAGGAGCUACAGAUGAAGAGAUUCUGGCGUCAAUUCCCGCGCUCGGCGCGACGCUGGAUGGCCACGGGGGCUGUGUGUUCCGCGUGUGGGCUCCGCACCCUCAGCGCGCCACCUUAGUCGUCAAGCGCCUCUCGCCCGCCCGCGCUGGCGCUGGUGGCGGUGUCGCGGAAGGCGCGGCAGCGGAAGGCGAGAGGGUGGAGAUGGGGCGCGACGGCAACGUGUGGUUCGCGCGAGUUCCGAGCGUUGUUGCCGGCGACCGGUACCACUUCGUGUUCGAGUGGGAGGGAAAAACCCUGGAGAGGAGGGACGCGAGGGCGCGCGCGACGGACUACGAGAGCAACGGCUGCAUCGUGGUGGACCCGCGCUUCUCCUGGACCCCCUUUGAACCCCCCCCGUUCGAGGCUCUCAAUAUCUAUCAGCUGCACGUUGGUGCUUUCACUGGCCGUCUGCCGGGUGGCGGCACGUUCGCCGCGCUCAAGGAGAAGCUGCCGUACAUCAAGAGCCUCGGAUUCAACGCCGUUCAGAUGCUGCCAGUGCACGAGUACUGCGGGCAGUGGGGCUACAACCCCCGCCUGCUCUUCGCCCCCCACCCCUUCUACGGCACCCCCCUGGAGCUCCGGGAGCUGGUGGACGCCGCCCAUUCCCAAGGCAUGGCGGUCAUCUUCGACGUGGUGCUGCACCAUCUCGCGCCCAACCUCAACAGCCUGUGGGAGUAUGAUGGGCCCACCAAGAAGGGAGGGCUGUAUUUUGACGGGGGGGGCGACUCAUCAUGGGGCAAGACGUUUGCGUGGUGGCAGCAGGAGGUGAAGGACAUGGUGCUCGAUGCCGCUCGCCUCUUCCUCAACGAGUACAAUGGGGACGGGCUGCGGUUUGACUGUGUGCAUGCCAUGCCAUGGAAGGUGUCGCAGAGCCUCACGUGGCACCUGCACCGCGAGUUCCCCCACCGCAUCCUCAUCUCCGAGAUCACGCCCGAGGUACCGGAGGUGCUGACAGACGCGGGGUACGACGCCACGUGGAUGCACACGUCCUUCUACAAGAUGCGCUCCUUCAUGCUCUCCGACGCCCCCCGCCCCCUCGGUCGCCUGCAGGCGCUGCUCACCCUGCUGCCCGGCUACUCCAAGUCAACGCAGUGUGUGAAGUACUUCCUGGGGUCGCAUGACCAGGUUGGGUGCCGCAGAGACGGCAAAUAUGACGAUGACAUACAGGGUUACCACAGGUACGCAGUGGACCUAUUUGGAGGCCGUGACGACUGGACUGCUCGUGCUAAAGUGCGCAUGUGGUUCGCCUGCCAGGUGUGUGCGCAGGGCAUACCAAUGACGUUCAUGGGGUCGGAGAGCAUGCAUCCCAGGUGGUGGGGGGUCACUCCCAGGGACAUGCUGGACUGGCAGUACACCGAGGAUGCGGUGGGGCAGCAGAUGCAGGCGCUGGUGCGGGCGGCCAACGGGCUGCGGACGGCGAGUGCAGCGCUGCAGCGGGGGGCGUUUGAGACGGUGCACUACGACGAGGUCAACUGCGUGAUUGGCUUCAGGCGCCAGACUGACGGUGAAACGCUCCUGGUGGUGGUGAAUGCGGGCGAGGCUCAGUGGGAGAAGAGAGACUAUGGUGUGCGAGUGGGCGGCGGUGAUAGGCCGUACGUGGAGGUGUUCAACUCGCAAGAUGCCGAGUAUGGCGGGUGGGCCACGUCAGGCAAUGCUGGCAGCCAGCUGACCCCCAACCAUGGCAAGAUUUUCGGGCGAUUGUACGACGGUCUAGAGAACCGUUUCAUUUCCGAUUGUAAGAACAUCGUAUCGGCGCGAGAAGCAGGCGGCGCGAUGGCGGGGCUGGCGAAGAUGAAGAAGAAGCUGCUGCCGCUGCAGACGGGCGGCGGCGUGCGCGCGCCUGACACGGGCGGCGUGGGGGAGAUGCCCGCCAUGGCCAACGACCCGUACGCCUCGUAUAAGGUCAGCGAGGAAGGGCACAUCAAUCUAAUGAGUCAGUCUUUUAACGAGUACGCGAUCAGCGAGCAGGGCCUGCAGGUGAACAAGGAGGGGCAGCAUUCAGAGGACAGCAGCGCGGGCGGCGAGAAGACGUACCGCUGUGCUUCUAACGAAAUGCUCGUGUUCGGCGCGAUUGGUUCGGGGGCGAGCAGCGUUGUGUGUAAAGCCAUUCACAUACCCUCGCAUCGCCUGCUCGCCCUCAAAAAAGUGAACGUCUUUGAAAAGGACAAGAGGCACCAGCUGCUGAACGAGAUCCGCACGCUGUGCGAGGCGCCAGCAGCGCCGGGGCUGGUGGAGUUCUACGGCGCCUUCUACCAGCCGGACAGCGGCCAGAUCAACAUCGCCCUCGAGUACAUGGACGGGGGGUCGCUCGCUGACGUCGUGCAGGUCACCAAGACCAUCCCCGAGAACGUGCUGUCGGCCAUCACGCGCAAGGUGCUGCAGGGGAUGCAGUUCCUGCACUCGGAGCGCCGCAUGGUGCACCGCGACAUCAAGCCCGCCAACAUCCUGCUGCUCAACCUCAACGGCGUGCCCAAGAUCACGGACUUCGGUAUCAGCACCGGCCUCGACCACUCCCUCGCCAUGUGUGCAACGUUUGUGGGGACGGUGACGUACAUGUCACCGGAGCGCAUAGCCAAUCAGAACUACUCCUUCCCUGCGGACAUCUGGAGCCUCGGGCUCGCGCUGCUCGAGUGCGGCACCGGCACCUUCCCCUACACGGCUGAUAAAGGGCCUAUCAACCUCAUGCUGCAGGUGAUGGAGGACCCGGCGCCCACACUGCCGCCGGGGUACUCAGCGGAGUUCCAGUCAUUUGUCAACGACAGCCUUGAGAAGGACCCCUUCCAGCGCCCCACCGCUGAAGUUCUGCUGCAGCACCCGUUUAUAACGAAGCACGCAGACGAGGAGGUGGACCUAGCAGGGUACAUUCAGAACGUGGUCAACCCCACCGACCGCCUCAAAGACCUCUCCAAUAUGCUGAUGGUGCAUUACUACAUGCUGUUUGACGGGCCUGACAAGAUGUGGCCGCACAUAGAGAGCUUCUACAAGCCAGACGCCACCCUUAUGUUCGGGCACCGGGUGUACACGGGGGGUGAGCAGAUAUUUGCGACGCUGACGUCGAUCCGCACGAUGAUGUUAGGAGAGGCCAAGUCGGAGCGCCUGGUGCACACCAUUGAGAACCUCGAGUGCUGCGCGUACGGCCGCCGCGGCGUCAUGGUGCGCGUGUCGGGCGCUCUGGUGGUGGGGCGGCAGUUCAUCCCGCCGCCCGGCACGCAGGUGGAGGGCGUCACGAGCGGGGGGGCGACGGGGUACAAGGGGCAUGGCAAGAAGCUGGGCAGCUUCAUCGAGCUGUUUGUGAUUGAGCCCGGGGAGGCGUCGGGGUCGUACCUGGUGGCCAAGCAGGAGCUGUACGUGCAGAAGUGA